CCUUUUCCCUCACGCCUCUCGCUGCGCGUGGCCAAUGUAACCCCAUGACUACCAAUAACAAGUGAAGCAUCAGAGGAGACACAGAAGGACCUGACUCUUCAUUUCUAAAUUCAUCAUAAACCCUAUUCUUAUUUUCAGUCCUCUCCACACUCUCUCUUUCUGGGUUUCCCAAUUUCUUUAGAAUGCUGGUCUUGAUAGCUUGAAUCAAGCUCCAGAUUCUUGUUUUGGCACAUUUGGUAUUUGGGAAGCUCAUAGUUGAAUUCAGCGGUGAGUGGGACAUUAGACAGUGAUGGCGCCACCAAGUCCACAAGUUUCGAAAGCCUUUCGUGCAAUGGCAGCUAUUGGUAUUAGUGAACAACAGGUGAAACCAGUUUUAAAGAAUCUCUUGAGGUUGUAUAACAGAGAUUGGUCACUGAUUGAAGCAGAGGAAUAUAGAGCUCUCGCUGAUGCUAUAUUUGAGGCAGAAGAUGCUAAGGUUGCAGCAGAAAAGAAGAAAUGCAACAAUUAUGAUCAGGAAGAUAUGGAAGCAGAAUCACAUCCACACCACGAACCUGAACUUCCGUUGACGAGGUUACGUUCAAGAAGUCAAGAUGAGAGUCCAUCACAGAAGAAGAAAUCUUUAGAUGAUGAACCGGUGGACAAUAUAGAGGAAGAUUUCUCCGUUCCUCAUCGUCCCUUGAAAAGGUUACGCCUACAAAAUCAUGAGUGUCAGGUGUCACCUUCCUCAAAUACCUGCAAUCCUACGUCUGGUGGUAGUUUGCUCAUAAAGCCAAAAGUGGAAGCAGAGGAACUACUUGACACUCGUUCUGCACAACAGCCCCAAAAUACUUCACAUUCACCUGAGUCAAGGCCACCGGUUUCUCCUCAUUCUGGUAUUAAAGAUAAGGGCAAGCAACCUCUUAUAUCUAAACCUUUGGCACUGCAAGGGAAGAGUUUAUCGGAAAGAUCAUCUAAUGGUGUUCGCUUUAAAGAGACAGCGGUUGAACCAGGGAUCAUUCUUAUGCCUAAACAGAAUGUUAACAGUUUAGCAUUAAUCACGCCUAAAGAUGAGCCCUUCACUGAUGACAUGGCCCAAGACGAGGUUCCUAUUGCCAUGAUCCAUCCAGAUGAAUCAGAUAAUGUACACCGUCCUCUAUUGACAGAAGGUGCGACUGGGAAGCAACAUGAUGAACCCGUGGCUUCCCAAGAGAGAGAAAGUAGAAAUGAUACUCCAGUUUUAUCUAAUGAGGGGAGUAUGAAUGAUGGGCUUGCAACUAUUCCAGAGGGCUCUCCUUCUAACUUGGGGGAAUCUUCUUGCUUAGAGGUUGCCUCAUCACCUUCAGGAGAGGUAAAGCUUUCUCUGAGUUGCAGUUCAGCUAUUGGAAGACCAGGCUUUCAUAUGCCUAAUCUAGAUGCAAUUCUAAAAUUGACGGAGGAAAAAUGUCUGCACACAUACAAAAUCAUUGACCCUAAGUUCUCUUUGAAAAAUCUGUUGGGACAUAUGUGUGAGAGCUUCUUGGAAUUGGCAACUAAUUCUAAUGAUGAAUCACAGGAUGGAUCAAUUAAUGUAGCACCAAAUCUUGAUUCAUUGCAAAGAUCUCCUGCUUGGGAUGCUGUGGGUGGAAAUAAGGAAACACUUUGCAUGCAGUCAUGUGCUUUGAACGGGCCUGUUAUUAUGGAUUGCCCCAGUCCAGUUACUGAUCCUGAAGUGCCAAGAAUUCCCUUCACUUUGAAUGGUAAUUGUGCACAAGUCUCUGGUACUGUUGUUUCUAAUGGUUUUUCUGAGGAUAAUGUGGAUGAGUCCCUGAGUCUGGUGGUUGUUCAAAACUCUGAUCUAACUCCUGAUGAUCUAAGGACUAUUCAUGAUAUAAAUGAUAUAGCUAGAGGAGAAGAAAGAGUCAAAAUAUCGUGGGUAAAUGAAAGGAGCAGGGAUCGUCCACCAUCCUUCUUCUAUAUCUCCAAAAACCUUGUCUUCAAAGAUGCUGAUCUUAAAAUAUGUCUCUCUAGCAUUGAGGAAAAGAAUUGCUGUGCAACUUGCUUUGGUGAUUGUGUAUCAGCGUCUAUACCUUGUGCAUGUGCAUAUCAAACUGGGGGUAAGUUUGCUUACACACCAGAAGGCCUCAUUAAAGACGAUCUAUUGGAAGAGUGUAUCUCUAUGACUCGUAAUCCGCAACCACACCAUCUCUUCUACUGUAAGAACUGCCCGCUUGAAAGAAUAAAGAAUGACGAUUGUUUAGAGCCAUGCAAAGGCCAUUUAAGGAGGAAUUUCAUUAAAGAAUGCUGGGUUAAAUGUGGCUGCCAUGGGCAAUGUGGCAACAGGGUGGUCCAGAGAGGCUUGAAUUGCAACUUGCAGGUCUUUUUUACUUCAGAAGGAAAAGGAUGGGGUCUUCGAACCUUAGAUGGCCUGCCUAAAGGUGCAUUUGUGUGUGAGUUUGUUGGUGAAAUAUUAACCAACAAAGAGCGGCACCAAAGGAAAAUCCAAAGCACCAGAAGUGGGAGACGUCCUUAUCCGGUAUUACUCGAUGCAGAUUGGGGUAGUAAAGCCAAUCUGAGGGAUGAAGAAGCUCUCUGUUUGGAUGCGACAAAAUAUGGAAAUGUUGCUAGGUUUAUUAAUCACAGAUGUUUGGAUGCAAACUUGGUUCCGAUCCCUGUCGACGUCGAGACUCCUGAUCGUCGCUUUUAUCAUGUUGCUUUCUUCACCACAAGAAAAGUAGAUGCCUUGGAAGAGCUUACAUGGGAUUAUGGCAUUGACUUUGACGACCAUGAUGAUCCUGUUAAGGUGUUCAACUGCCAAUGUGGCAGUAAAUUCUGCAGGAGUAUGACACGUUCAAAUAGAUCAAGAUCGGCCUCACUUGCAAGAUGAAGGUUUGAGACUAUUUUGAGUGCUUCUUGGCAAGGCACGGCCUUACCCUCACUGAAGAAUUAGUAACUAAGCAUAUUUUACUGGACUAAUUUUGGUUUCAACUGGCUGUCCUGACGGGGCCAGUUCAUCAUGGAGUAGCGGCUAACCUCAUCCAGGUUGUUUGCACAUGAUGGAUAUGCAUAAAGCUGUGGUAGAUAUUUUGGAUGCUCUUGUAGGUUUUGUACAUGUUUAGGCCAGUUUAACGGUCUGAUGUCCGUAGUGUAGUUUUAACGGUCUGAUACCAGUAUAUACUGCUCUAGUUAUUCUGUAAUUCUGAAGGGGGGAAAUCUUUGCUUAGAAUUGUUCGGAAUUA